AUGGUGAAGACUUUGGCUUCCACGCUGGCUACGGCCCUCGCCGGCCUAACGCUUUGCGCCGCUCAGACCAGCUAUACCAACGAGACCGACCCCUACUAUGGCCAGAGCCCUCCUGUCUACCCAUCUCCUGUCGGAAAUGGAACUUCCAGCGACGCCUGGGCCUCGGCCUACCAACGCGCAAAGUUACUCGCCUCCCAAAUGACUGUCGAGGAGCUCGCCAACUUCACACACGGCUGGUCGGGUCUCUGCACGGGUAACACCGGCUCCGUGCCCCGUCUCGGCAUCGCGCCCAUCUGCCUUCAAGACGGACCUGACGGCGUCCGUAGUCAAGAGUUCGUCUCUGCCUUCCCUUCGGGCAUACACCUUGGCGCCACUUGGGACCGCAACCUCUCCCACGCAUACGGGGUGGCCCUCGGCUCUGAGUUUCGCGGAAAGGGAAUCAACGUCGGUCUUGGCCCCGUUGGUGGACCUCUUGGACGCAUUGCUCGUGGCGGACGUAACUGGGAAGGGCUGUCUAACGACCCCUACCUUUCGUCCGUUGGGGUCGGUGGCAUUACCAAGGGAAUGCAAGACGCGGGCACCAUCGCCUGUGCGAAGCAUUGGCUGCUCAACGAGCAGGAGUACCGGCGCAUCCCCGAUGAGGCCGAGGGAGAGGCGGCUUCUUCCAAUGUCGACGACAGGACGCUACACGAGCUUUACGUUUUCCCCUUUAUGGAUGCCCUGAAGGAGGGCGCCGCGUCGGUCAUGUGCUCUUACAACCGCGCCAACAACUCUUACGGAUGCCAGAACUCGAAGCUGCUUAACGGAGUUCUGAAGACAGAACUUGGCUUCGAAGGCUUUGUGGUCAGUGACUGGGGUGCCCAACACGCUGGCGUCGCGACUGCAAACGCUGGCCUCGACCUCGUCAUGCCCAACGAGGCCUUCUGGGGCUCCGCCCUUGUCGAGGCCGUAAACAACGGCAGUGUAACCCGCGAGCGGGCCGAGGACAUGACCACCCGCAUUCUCGCCGCGUGGUACUACAUUGGCCAAGACGGCGACGACUAUCCUGCCGUGGGGGUCUACUCUAACCUCCAGAAGCACGCGCCCGUCGACGUGCAGAACGGACACAAGGCUCUCAUUCGUGAGAUCGGGGCUGCGGGGACCGUGCUCGUCAAGAAUGUCAACGGAACUUUGCCGCUCAAGAGCCCCAAAUUCCUCACCUUGUACGGGUAUGAUGCCAUAGUUCCCGGUACGCCGUGGACCAGCACCAGUUACGGCCCCAGUUUUGGGACGCAACUAGAGGACACAUACAACGGUACGCUCACCGCCGGUGGCGGCUCGGGAACCACGACGCCGCCGUAUGUCAUUAGCCCUUUCCAGGCCAUCCAGGAACGUGUUAUCGCAGAUGGCGGGGUGGUCAAGUGGGAUUUCUACUCGGAAAACCCACAACCCAAUUACGUGAACUCCGAGGCAUGCUUGGUGUUCAUCAACGCGUGGGCCUCGGAGGGAUACGACCGCCCAAGUCUUUCCGACGAGUUCAGCGAUAACUUGGUCAACAACGUUGCUGCGAACUGCUCCAACACCAUCGUCGUCCUACACUCUGCAGGAACACGAGUAGUCGACGCCUGGGCUGACCACCCUAACGUGACCGCAAUCCUCUUUGCUGGACUUCCCGGCCAAGAAUCCGGCCACUCCCUCACCGACAUCCUCUAUGGCGACGUCAACCCCAGUGGAAGACUCCCCUACACAGUCGUGCACGCCGAGUCGGACUAUGGCGCCCUGCUCAACUCGAGUGUCGACCCGGGCCCGUUCCCUCAGGACAACUUUUCUGAGGGCCUGUUUAUCGACUACCGCGCCUUUGACCGCGACGGCAUCUUGCCGAGGUACGAGUUCGGCUUCGGGCUAUCCUACACCACGUUCGAGUACUCUUCCCUCUCAACGUCGCCUGUGGGAACGCCUGUGGCUGGGGUUCCUGAUCCCAACGUAGCAAUCGUGCAGGGCGGACACCCGGCCCUGUGGGAAGACGUGUACUCCGUCUCAGUGCAGGUACAGAACACUGGUGAGCUGGCGGGCUACGAGGUCGCGCAGCUGUAUGUUGGCAUCCCCGUUGAGGGCACGCCGGCGAGACAGUUGAGGGGCUUCGAGAGGGUGUUCAUUGAGGCAGGUGGGAGCGCGACUGUGGAGUUCCAGCUGACGAGGAGAGACCUGAGCGUAUGGGAUGUGGUUGCGCAGCAGUGGCGACUUGCGGAGGGGGAGUACGGUGUUUUCGUUGGAGCGAGCAGUCGGGAUUUGAGACUCAAUGGGACAUUUACGAUUUAG